AGCCGUCAACUCUCGUUAAAACCUACUUCCACGGCAGUUUCUCUCUCUACAUUUACGGAGCGGUAGAAAUGGCGACGAAUUUGUUACCGUUGCGGCCGACCGUCGUCAUGGCGUGCGCCGGCUCCUCCCACCGGAAACCUGACGCCAGUGGCCGGAAAGCCGGCGGAAACUCAAACUGGUGGGCCCCGGUUUUCGGAUUUCCCGCCGAACCGGACUACAUUGGCGCGAAUUCCAACAGGAAAGUCGCGAACAAAACGGAUCCCGAUCUAGAUGCAAAACCGGCGAUCUCUCGAUUCGCUCCCGGCGCCUUCACGGAGGAUAAGGCGCGACAACUCCGGAAGCUCACAACGGAGUCGUCGUCGUUCCAUGACGUCAUGUACCACUCCGCCAUCGCUUCCCGACUCGCCUCCGAUUUCUCAGACCGAUCCGUUUCCAAAAAUUAAAGGCCAGAAGUGAAGUGCUAAAUAAUUCUCAAGGUGAAGAAUGAAGAUGGCAAACAAUUCACCAGUGCCAUCAUACCUGUGAACAGCCAUCUUGUAACAAUACUGUCAUGCUGCUUAUUACAAAAAUAAAUGUAAAAAAUGUCUCUCCAAGAAACCAGAUUCCAUCGCUUCACUUGCUCUCAA